AAUUAUCAUUAACUAAAAAAAUCAGUAACGUGUACAUUCUUCAACUCCUCACGCCCGUGGUAACACUUGUUUUAAAUAUUAAAAUAUUAAAUACUAACAAAUAAACUGAAGUUGCGCAAUUCAAACUUCGAGGACGUCAAGUUGCAGUCAGUGUCUACUGGAAAAAUGUACUCCAAAAUGGAAUCAGAUAUUGAACCACAUGUCUUAACCAGCAAAUAUGCUGACAAAGAAAGACAACAUCUUCUUGUGCAAUCGAUUGUACAUACUUCAAAAAUGCCAAACAAAAGUAUGGCACCAAAAUUAAUCGAGGCUUUAAAUUUUUGGUUUAAACUACCAAACGACAAACUGGAUAAGGUUAUCAACAUUUUUCGGCUUAUACAAGCUACUAACAACACUAUAAUUGACGUCUCAGAAAAUGCGAUGGCUCGCAACGGCAAGUCUACAGCAAACUCAGUUUACAGUUUAGCAGAUGCCCUCAACUCAUCUUACUACUGCUGUUUUUUGAUUUUAGAGAGACUGCGAGAUUUAGAAAAUUUUGAGGCAGUAAAAUUUGGCAAUGAGUAUUUCUUAGAUUCUAGUAAAGGCUACGGCUUAGAAACUUAUUGGAGGGACAAUAUAAUAUGCCCAUCCGAAGAAGAAUAUGUCAGAAUGGGCACUCUAAAGACAGGUAGUGUUAUUCGAAUUGUUAUCAAACUAAUGCAACUUCUUAGCGGCAAUAAAAAAGAUCUUACUAAAUUAACAAAUAGUUUGGCACAAUUUUUCCAUAUUUAUGACGACUACGUUAGUUUACAUGCUAUGGACGAUUAUUUACUAAAUAAAAAUGGUACGGAUAUGAUUAGUGAAGGAAAGUUCAGUUUUCCGAUGGUUCAUGCGAUUUGUACCAAGCCUAAUGACGUUCAACUUCUGAAUAUUCUACGACAAAAAACUAAGGAAGAAGAAUUAAUCAAGUACUGUCUUAAGUUACUGGAAAAAUUUGGAAGUUUGGAGUACACUAAACAAAUUCUGAAAAAUCUGAAAGAGGAGGCAGAAAAAGAAAUGAAACAAAUGGAAGAAAAUCCUCACAUGAAAAAAAUCUUCGAGGACAUACUUUCGAAGUUAAAAAUAAACUAAUUUUGAAAGUAUUUUGUCUUGGAAUUAGACAUUCAUUUUGUCUAAAGGUUUUAUGACAGUUCAUAAAAUUGGGUGUAUUAUGAGGAUUAUUGUUGUGUGCACUUUUGGUUUAUUA